AUGGUGCUAGUAGGCUACUCAGAUUCUGAAGGCUCAGACGCCGAGCCAAAUACUACACCCGCACCCCAGAUUAGCAAGGUAAAGAAGACCGGCUCCAAAACUGGGUUCCAGAUCGACCGCAGCAACCUGGGCAAGAUCCGCAUCGCGAUUCCAGAAAUCAAACCUGAACACCCAUCCGGCGAAGAUACUGAAGAUGGUCCGCGCAAAAAGGCUCGGUUAGGUGGUGGAGGAGGCCUUUCGGGAUUCAACGCUUUCCUUCCAGCGCCGAAACGAACAGCCGAAAAGAAAGCACCAGUGGCGACAACACGAAAAGCGUUUAGUCUCAAAACAGGAGCAGGGCCUGGAUUCGAUCGCACAGCCGAUGCGGAGAUGAAGAAUGAUUACGCAUUCGAAAAUCUAGCGGGCGGAGAUGCGGAAGACAUCACUUCUGCACCUGGCAGCUCAAAAACCGACACUGCAUCAGAUGCACUGGCGGAGACAAUGAAAACCCCAGCGGAGGUCAAAUUGCAAGGAAAUCCGAUGAUGUUCAGACCGUUAUCCGUCGGACGACCUCAAAAGAAGAGAAAGACCACCAAGAUUGCCGAGCAACCAACACCUUCCUCAUCAGCAGCGCCGAAGCCUGCUCAACCUCUACAGCAAGCCCCUGCCCCUGCCCCUGCACCACCAAAACCCAAAGUCAGUCUCUUCUCUCUAUCCUCGGAAGAGGCCACUUCUCAGCCAGCCUCGGAACCUGGACCAUCAGCAACCUACCGGCCGCUGGUAUACAACGCCGAAGGCGAAGAAGUAUCAGAAGCUGAUCCAGUACUUGCCGAGCAUACACCAAUCGCCAUGGAGCAUUCAACGGCAACGGUAUCAACCAAUCCUACAUCAUCCUUGGACAGCAUUGCCAACGACCUGAACUUAUCCAAGGCCGAAAGACGCCAGCUCUUCGGUCGAAAUGCUAUACCGUCGCAGUCACAGGUGCGUACCUUCAACACAGACGAGGAGUACGCGUCAAACAAGGUUCUGGCACAAGGCGAGCUGGCGGGGGCACAGCACAACCCCGUGCGCUCCAUUGCGCCGGGCAAGCAUACCCUCCAGCAGUUGCUCAAUGUUGCAAGCUCGCAGAAGGAGGCAUUGGAGGAAAGCUUUGCAACAGGUCGGAGAAACAAGAAGGAAGCUGGAUCCAAGUACGGAUGGUAG